CGGUAAUGAUUCCUGGAAGACAAACGCAACAGCUAACCUUGGCUAAAGUUAAUGUUUUGUCAUUUUAACUUACUCUGAACUUUGUUCAAUGGGAGUUGGUGCUCCUGAAGCUAAAGCUUGGACAUUACCUUGAAGAAAAAUUGCACUUUGAAAAAGCGGAAGGUUUAGCCGAAGUAAACAUUAGCUUGAUUUUUUUUUUUUAAGUAUUGUUAGCUAGGUAGCUAAUUCAAAAAUAAGCAGUUCAUUAGCACAAAAUAACGCUAGAUCUGCCGGAAGUGAGGAAUGAGAGAUCAUAUUCUUGUAAUAUUAAGUUAGCCAUACUGUAACUUGGGCGACAUUUAAUUUUUGUUCAUGGCUUUAAAAACACUGAGUCAUUUUAAAAGUGAAAUGGAUAACACAGGGGCUGGCAGCAACAGUCGUAAUUCCAUAAAGACAGAUCUCAGCUUGCUGCUUGAGUGUCUGAAGUUUCAGAUGAAAUGUCCUGAUUUACAGAAACAAGCUCUUCUCACCAUUCACUCAAUCUGUGAAAAGAGAGAGGACAAUGUGGACCUGCUGAGAGAAAUGGGAGGUGUUGCAUUUGUGUAUAACCUCUCCAAAUCCAGUAUUGUUCAUUCAGAUGUUAAGGAGACUGCACUCUUUACGCUUGGCACGCUGGCAGAGGCCAAUGUUUAUUGCAAGAAUUCCCUGUGCAGAAAGGAGACAUUUGCAGACCUCGCUGGCUGGUUAAUGAAAGAAGACAUUCCGGUGACACAGAAGAGAGUGUCUGUCUAUUUGCUGUCUGUGUUGGUAGCCAACAACAAAACAGGACAGACCUUAGCCCAAACCACUGGCUGCCUGGAUAUUCUCCUGGACCUCUUCAGGGCCACUUUCCCCCUCUCCACAGACGCUACUUCAAUUGUAGCUAAUGCUACUCACACCUACCAACUCUGGACCUCUGUGUCUAGUGCUCUCUGUGGAUGUGUCAACAAUCCUCAAAAUGAGGAGGGUCAGCGUAUUUGUGUGGCAGCCUUUCCCAUAAUAAAAAUCUGGCUACAGCAGAUUGCUCUGCCACACCCAGAGAUUUCUCAAUCAAUAUGUUCCUUCAUAGCAAUGACAGUUGCCAACAACUCCUCUGUUCAGGAGAGCUUUUCUGCCUCAGGGGGUUUGGAAACUCUCACUCUUUCACUGGUUCGUCUAGCUUCUGUGGCAGAUACAAGCUUGUUGUCUUGCCAAGUUUCUGUCACUAUAUCCAAGACCCUGUCAGCUUGUAUUACUGAUAACUCUGCUCUGGCUUCGGGUCUGGCUCAGUAUGGCAUAGUUCCCUAUCUCUUCUCCCUGCUGGCAAGCCCUAACCUGGACCCUGAGGACAGGCUCUCAGUUUUACUUACCCUGGGCUACUGCACUGAGGCAUCUGAGGAGCACCAGUCCCAAUUGGUGCAAUGUGGAGGCCUGCCUCUUAUCAUAACUUUACUAGCAGAGGACACAAGUGAGGAGGUUAGGAAGGCUGCUACAUUCAUAUUGCAGACCUGCAAACAGGCCACCAUGUCCUUGGGAAUUCCUGGUCUGAUAGCGAGACAUGAGGAGAAUGAAAAGGUGGAGCCCCUUAUAAACAUAGAAAGCUUCAAGAGCUCAGCCAGGGAGUUGCUGCGCAGGAUUGACCAGCUAGAGAAGAAACAGGCAAAGGAGGCUGAAGACAAACAGGAAGACACAGACCCACCACCUUCAGCAGAAGGGCUAGUUCUACCGUCUCUAUCUCCUGCCUUACGUCUACCCUUGCAGCAUAAGGAGAGCAUUAAAACCAUCCCCAUAGCAUAUAGACAGACCAGCACUCACAAGCAUAUAGAAGCAGGGGGUGACGACAGAGUUGAACUUCAAACUGUUAGAAACAUAAUCAUGAAGGAGAAUGACAGUGAACUGAAGAACAUGAGCUCCAAUUUAAGUACUCGGGAGGAGAAGGCUAAAACCAGCAGAAGGGAUGAGUGGUGCUCAGUGUGCAAUGGUACCAGAGCCCAAAUGUAUUUUCAUGUACAAUCCCUAGAGGGAGGCAGAGAGCUACAUAAGGCAAAAAGUCAGUUGUUUAAGCCCCCAGCACCAGUGAGGCACAGUGUACCAAAAGAAAUCAAAUAUACUGAUGAAGAAGAUUUACAUGGCCGGGAGAUAAGUAAGGUGGGGAAAAUCACAGCAGAGGAACAGUCUUUCUCUCAUUCCCGGUGUGCAGGCUGUAUUUUGCCUUUUGAGAAAGUUACCAGUCGCACCUUUGCAUCUCUUCAAAGCUCCUGCCGUCACAGCUGUGACAUGCACAAGGCCCUCCAAGCGGCCACAGAGCAAUUCAGGACUCAUCACUGCAGCCUGCUGUUUAGGAGAGAGUACCAGGAAGAUACUGGGGAGCUGACAGACCGCAACUCUGAGGCGAUGUCAGCAGCAGAGCAAGAAAGAAGCCAAGAAUACUGGAGCGAGACCUGCCUGACUCCCAUACAUAAAGGAGCAUGGAAAGGCAAAAGCUCCCUACCAGGACAACACCGGAAGAAGCACAAUGGCAUCACUUUGACUCCUCUGCACAGAGGAUCUAAAAAGGAGACAUUCACUUCUCAUAACAAGACCGAGAGAAGAAGAAGGAAUAAUAGUGGACAUCAUGUUCUUGAUGAUGAACCGAAGACUAGCACAGAUCACUGCUCCACUAGAAGGAAGAGGAAGAACUUCAGCCUUGAGGAGGUGCGCAACCUACUGAGCGGAGUAAAGAGAUUUGGCUUCUCUUGGAACUCCAUCUUGUGGUCAUAUCCCUUCCAACCUGGACGCACCAAUGUUGACCUGGCCAAGAAAUACAUGCGGCUAAUGAGAGGUGGAACCCAGGACGCUGGAUGUGCAUAAUCCUAGUCCUGACAACCUGGGGCAGAUCAAAUAAUAAUGGCCCUCUGGAAAUCAACAGCUUUGAAAUAUCUAAAAGGCUUUCAUUCUAUCCAGUUCGAAACACUGUGUUGAUUGUAAAAUUAUCCAAAGCAAUACACACUCCAUAUACUUCUAAUACAUUGUACUUUUAGUAUUUAUUUGAUGUUGUACUUUGUAUAUGGCUUGCACUGUCUUACACUGUUUCAGCAGCAGUGUUUAGUGUUUUGAAAGAUAUUAGUAAUUGUUUCUUUUUGUUGUAUAUUAAAACUUUAAAACAGAUGUUUGUCACUUGAGAUUAAAUCAGAAACCAUUGGGACUUUUUGUAAGUAUGAAUUGUACCAGAUUCUAAGUGAAGUAGAUGUAUAACUUUCGAGUAUAGGCCAUUUUAGUAAAGCCCUUGUAUUUCCGUAGCACCACCUCUUGAUGAAUCACCACCACACUGUGCAGGACCACGGUGUUGUCACAUGUACAUCUGCCAGAUUUGAUUGCGAUUGCACAGUGUUAACAUGAGUUGUGCCAGUAAAAACGCCCAGCCCUAAACAUUCUGGCAACCCUUUAUACCAAAUCCUGACUCAUAACUGUUUUUUAGGCCUGGU